AGCUUUCCGGCUAUGUCUCCAAUCAGCUCCUGAGGACAAGAGGAGGAUUUCUGUCAGUGUCUCAGUAUUCUAAGGAGGAGACUCCAUGUGAGCAGACCUGCUCCCUGCCUGGAAGGGACUCAGCUCUAGGAUCCUGAAAACAAAUCAAGUAGAGAGAAGCACCCAAAUGAGCAUGGGAGGUUGCCGUGCUGGGGUUAUCACACAGCUCAGCUCGCAUCUGCCAGAGCACCCCAAGACCACCCCGCCAGAGAAGCAAAGUUCACCCUCACCUCGGCUGCCAUUUCAGAUGACGUUUUGCUUGUUUGUGUGGCGAUCGUGGCAACUGGUACAACCUGUGGAACAGCGAGAGAAAAGAUGCAAACGCCGCAUUGCUGAGUAACUUUGAGGUGUUCCAGUUACUUACGGAUCUUAAGCAGCAGCGCAAAGAGAGUGGGAAAAACAAACAGAGCUCUGGUCAGCAGAAUCUGAACACAAUCAUGUAUGAAACACUGAAGUACAUUUCAAAAACACCCUGUAGGUACCAGAGUCCUGAGACCGUGAGAGAUUUCCUCAUCGCAAUGAAAGGCCAUAAACUAACCAAGGCAGAAAAGCUCCAGUUGCUGAACCACCGGCCUGUGACGGCAGUUGAAAUACAGCUGAUGGUAGAAGAAAGCGAGGAAAGACUAACGGAAGAGCAGAUCGAGUCUCUACUCCAGACGGUCACCAGCAUUCUGCCCGGGGAUCCAGAGGAACAGCAGAGAGACUCAGAAAUGGCAACAGAAGACAAAGGUGACCAAGCGUAGGAGGCAUCUAGACCAAAGCUGGCAACAAUUUCAACAGAGAAGAAUCUGCUAUUAUUUUUCUGUUUUGUUUUGUUUUACUUGAUACCAGUUUAAUCUGGUAUUGGAGAUCCUUGUAAAAUAUGUUACAAUUUUUAUUACUCAGAGGUGAUGAGGGAAACAAUUGUUCACAAGAAAGCACGGAAAAGGACGCUAUUGUUUUGGCAUUUUGUCCUAAACGGGGAUGGUAGUAACUGAGUUCAUAAUGCAGCACUCUGAGAAAUGGGUCACAGAAUCUGAAGCUUUUGUAUUUUUUCCACUACCCAUAUAACAGCUGUACAUUUGAAUAGGCUUAUAUACAGCUGGCAAGGUUUUAAUUAUCACAGCAGUGCUAUAAUAAUAAUUUCUUUCAUAUGCUUUUGAAUUGCCCAACUGGUUUUCAGAACACAGACUGCAAUACAAAGGCGGCUUGUGGAGCCAUGUGUGAAAAGGGCUGGUUUAGGGGAUCAGGACGUAGAAUAUUGUACAAGAAACUGCUCGGGAUCCGGCCAGACAAUUUCUCAUGGGUUGUUGGCAUCAUGGAAAUGGAGGAUCUGGGGGUCGGGUAACUGUUCUCAGAGUGUCUGACAGUCCGUACUUAGUAAAGAGAGAUCCCGAUCAUCAGCUAAAUCAACAUAUUGCCACUGAAAUCAGCUGAGUUGGACCAGUCUGCAGCAGCUGAGGCUCUGGACUGGAAUGGCAAGGCUCGUAGUAACACAAACAGAAGAAAAUGUAGGUGUGGGGUGUAUAUUUUCCCUAGAACAUUUGUUCCAAUGUUUCUGUGUAGACAGAUCAGUCCUGUGAACAUGCUGGCGACCGUGGAAUAAAUGAAUGAGUCAGCACUGGAGUCCUGAUCUGCUUUAAAAGACUGAGAAUCUGUCCUGGUGGAAGCAGAUUGUUCUGUGUGCUGAGCUUUUGCCUGGUUAAGGAGUUCAGGAUCAAGUAUUUAAUGUUGAAAGCAUCGAUGAUCUUAAUAAAUCUUUUGUGUAUAUGUACAUAAAAUCAUGAGGUGCACAUGGCACUGGUUUUAUACUGUGACUGCGGGCCAUUCUUUUAUAAUUAUUGUAACAUACUGGGAAUAGAAAUAAAGUUUGAAGGACA